AUGCCAUAUGCGGCUUAUCUGAUUGUAUAUACUGCCCUCCCAGCCGUUCGCUUGGCUUAUGUUGUCGCUGGAGACCACCACUCCCGGUCUUCCCGGCAAAAAAUUGAGUCCGCCGACCGACCCCAACACACGGCUUACAUAAGCACUGUCGCAACUCGCGAUGCCUUCACACUUGUUUUAAAAAACACAGGACGCGGCCGGUGCCGUGGAAGAAAACCGUUGCAACGUUUAUUGGCCCGUUCUAUUUUUACCGUAGUCUGCUCAGUUGCAAAUGCGCACGUUUUGUGUGAGUAA